AAGAUACUACCAUAUGCCAUCUCAAUAAAAAAGAGGGAUAAAGGAAAAGGUAUAGGAUUAGCUACAGAGUAUAACAUAUCAUCAAAAGUUGAAGAUUGGUUGCUAGUUAUCAUUUCGCAAAGACCAAAAGCAGUCCAAUCCACCAUCAACGCCGCUUCAACCACUCCUCCUCCUCCUCAUCCAUGGAAGAAAAAGAGAAAAAGAAGAACAAGAAACCAAAACACCAGCACCCGAAUGAUCAAACCUCCAAAUCCACCACCUCGUCAGACCUUGCAUUCAAGCCUAGCUCUGAAGUUAAAGGGCUUCGGUUUGGUGGCCAGUUUAUUGUUAAAUCCUUCACAAUCCGUCGCGCUAGGCCUCUUGAAUUCUUGCGCCUCCUCUCACUUCCACCGACACUCAACCUCAACCACCACCAAAACCAAGAAAAGACAAACGGGAAGCAGCCUUUUCCUUCAACUACCGCAUUCUUGCCGACAAAUUUCACGAUCUUGGCUCACCAUGCAUGGCACACUCUGACGCUUGGCCUGGGGACAAAGAAGUCUAAAGUGGUUGUUUUUGUAUUCGAGUCUGAGAAUAUGAAGGCUGCCGUGGACAGAGUUUGGCCGCCAGAAAUCCCACUCGGGGAAGUAAACAGGAAGCUUAUAAGGGGUCAGACCGGAUGCGAAAUGGCUAGAUUUAAAUUCAGGAAAGGUGCCAUUACAUUUUAUGUUUAUGCAGUGAGGAGAAUUGGGAACAUGGGUUUUUCUUUUGCGGAUGAUCUGAGGACAAUACUGCAAUCUGUGGUUGCACUCAAUGAUUUCUUGGAUCAUACCGCUAUGCUUGCCUUGCCUAAUCAGAGAAGCAUCAAUUAUUCACCUCCUGUUGCCAUGGUUCACUAGGCAUGUUUCUUUCCAUGAUCUUUUCUUUAUCUGUACCUCUGAAGACUACCUUCCUUUGUUGUCUUUCUUCUUCUUCUUCUUCUUUUCAUGCUUUUAUUGGAAAAAUAGUAGUUUUAUAUCUUCGGGGUGGGCGGGAAUUGAUUAAUUUUUUGGGGGAUUUUAGUUUUCUGUAUCUUUCUUGACUGUAAACUAGCAGAAUAAAUUGCAGGUUUUAGAGGUGAACUAAAGACUUUGUAGUUACUUUUUCCUUUUCUCGUGGGCUAGAAGAAUUUUUGUACUUGUGAACCUGCCAUAUCUAUAAACAAUGUUCAUAAGUCCACGUUCCUGCUAAGAGAUGCGUGAUUAGACCUGCAUAAA